UCGUUUCCAUUUUCCAAAUACCAAUCCUGUUUAUCUUAGUCCGUGCCCCGUGGCCACGUACAAUAGUGUAAAGUGGUAUUUAAAUUCAAUUUAGAAGGGCCUAACAAUAUUUGUUAUUUUUAUUUUUUCCAAUUAAAAAAUGAAUUCUCAAUUUAUGCCUGAUCGUUUUCAACAAAAUAAUAUCGUGCCUCCUACAUCAGAGCAACAACAUGGUCAGCACUAUCCAUUAUCAAACGAUCAAUUACCAACAUCUGAUAGAUAUAUCGGCCAACAAAGUAAUCAAGAUUUAAGACCUCCAAUGAACGGAACACAAAAUUAUUCAAAUGAUGCAUUACAAUUUACAAAACCAAAUGUAUCAAGUUCAAACAUUCCAAAUAACAUGCACUCCCUAACGAAUGAUAUGAAUCAGUUGAAUUGUGGAUCCGAUUUAAAUCAAAAUCAGCCUACACCAAUGGUAUCAGCUUUUUCACCUCAACCUCAAAAGUCAUUUUCUUCAGAUCCUAGCCAUGUACAAUCAAAUAAUUCUGAAGGUUUCCCUAUGACAUACAAUAAAAUUCAGCAUAAUGGUUCUGCAACAGGUAAUUCAUCUAACCCACAAAACGUUACUCAAUUUAGUGAAGACAAAUUAAAUAGAUCAGCCAAUUCUAAUUUACAAAAUGGACCACAAAAUACUUUUCACUCUCAGCAAUUAGAAGGUACAAAACACCAAGACCUACAACCUCAGUUGUCAAAUGCGCCUCCUGAAAACACAUUUGAAUCAAAAGUUAUUCAAAACGCUGAAUUUCAGUCUCAACAUACAAAUUUUUCGCAGCAUCAAUUUGGUUUUCAAACACAAGAGUCCAGAAAACCUUUACAAAAACCAAGUGCAGCUUUACAGCAACCUAGUUUUCCACCACAAUCUACGUCUGUAGGAGAACAACCAGGUUUUUCACCACAAGCUAGCUCGGUUCCGCAACAACAAGGAUUUCCUCCUAAUUCUAAUUCGAUUAUGCAAAAACCAGGAUUUCCCUCUGAUGCAAAUUCUAUUUCACAACAACCAGGUUUUCCACCACAACCCAGUUCUUCGGCUGCACAACAACAAAGAUUUCCGCCAAAUUCUAAUUCGGCUUUGCAAAAACCAGGGUUUCCUUUAGAUGCAAAUGCUAUUUCUCAACAACCAGGUUUUCCACCACAACCCAGUUCGGCUCCACAACCACAAGGAUUUGCUCAAAAUUCUAAUUCGACUAUGCAAAAACCUGGAUUUCCUCCACAACAGUCAGGUUUUCCACCACAACCUAUUUCAGCUCCACAGCAACAAGGAUUUCCUUCACAACCUAAUUCUAUUUCACAACCACCAGGUUUUCCACCACAACCUAUUUCAGCUGCACAGCAACAAGGAUUUCCGUCACAACCUAAUUCUAUUUCACAACAACCCGGUUUUCCUCCACAACCUGUUGCGGCUUCACAACAACAAGGAUUUCCACUACAUUCUAAUUCAAUUAUGCAAAAACCAGGAUUUCCUCCACAACCUAAUUUGAUAUCACAACAAUCUGGUUUACCACCACAAUCAACUUUGCCUUCGCAGCAACAAGGAUUUCCUCCACAACCUAGUUCAACACCUCAACAGUCGGGUUUUCCACCACAAUCAAAUUCUGAAACGCAAAAACCAGGAUUUCCCUCUUUACUCAAUUCAAUUCCACAGCAAUCAGGUUUUCAACCACAACAACCAGGAUUUCCCCCACAACAACAAGGUUUUCCACCACAAGCAAAUCCUACACCACAACAAUCUGGAUUUCCUCCACUUUCAAGUUCAGCUUCAUUACAAACAGGACCUCACUCAAAAUCGAAUUUAAGUUCUAAUCAACCAGGAUUUCCUCCUCAGCCAAAUUUAACUCCACAACAAUCAGGUUAUCCAACAAAACAACCAGGAUUUCCACCACAAUCUAGUACAGCUUCACAAUAUUCGGGUGUUGGUGUACAAUCGAGUUUGCCUCUUCAACAACCUGGUUUUCCAACACAAACUAAUUUAAACACGCAAAAUCCAGAAUUUCCAAUAGUAUCCAAUUUGAGUCGGCAGCGACAAGGAUUUCCUCCUCAACCUAAUUCGACUAUGCAACAACCAGGAUUUCUUCCACAGCCAUCAGUCAUGCAACAACCAGGGUUUCCUCCACAACCAUCGGCCAUGCAACAACAACAAGGAUUUCCCCCACAACCAUCUGCAGUGCAACAGUCAGGAUUUCCUCCACAACCAUCAGCAAUGCAACAACAAGGAUUUCCCUCACAACCAUCUGCAGUGCAACAGUCAGGAUUUCCUCCACAACCAUCAGCAAUGCAACAACCAGGAUUUCCUCCACAACCCUUAGGAUUGGGCUUAUCACAACCUCAAGGUUUUCCCUCGCAACCUGUACCAUCCCAGCAACCAGGUAUACCACCACAAGGAUUUCCUCAAACACAAGGAAAUUUCCCUCCUCAACAACCAGGAUAUCCAUCGCAACAACCCGGCUAUCCACCAAAUCAGCAAACUGGUACACCAGCUUAUAUGGGUCAACCAGCUCCAAAUAGAAGAUUAGAUCCUGACCAGAUGCCAAGUCCAGUUCAAGUUAUGGAAGAUGAUCAACAUAGUAAGGGUGGAGUGUUUUUGACAAACCAAAGGGGCCUUGUUCCUCCAUUAGUAACUACGGACUUUACUGUUCAAGAUGGUGGUAAUGCAUCACCUAGACUAAUAAGAUCAACUAUGUACUCUGUUCCAAUUACAACAGAUAUUAUGAAACAGACUUCAGUACCAUUUGGCUUGGUUAUUAGUCCAAUGGCUAAAAUGAAAUAUGAUGAAUAUUCACCUCCCAUCAUAAAUACUGGUGAUGUCGGUCCAGUUAGGUGUAAAAGAUGUAAAGCAUAUAUGAGCCCGUUUAUGCAAUUCAUUGAUGGAGGAAAACAUUUUGUGUGUCUCUUAUGCAAAGCUUCAACAGAAGUGCCUGUGGAAUAUUUCCAACAUUUGGAUCAUACUGGUCAACGUCUUGACCGUUCUGAAAGACCAGAAUUGUGUUUUGGUUCUUAUGAAUUUAUAGUCCCCAAAGAAUAUUGUCGAAAAGAAAUACAGCCAAAACCACCAGCAUAUGUGUUUGUAAUUGAUGUAUCGUAUAAUAACGUGAAGUCAGGUCUUGUAAGAUUGAUUUGUAGUUAUAUGAAAGAGUUGCUUACUCAAUUGCCUACCGAGUUGGGUGAUGAAAAGAGCAAAAUACGUGUUGGAUUUAUCACGUAUGAUACAACUAUUCAUUUUUAUAACAUAAAGGAAACACUUGUCGUUCCUCAAAUGAUGGUAGUAGGCGACACUACUGAAAUGUUUAUGCCAUUAUUGGAUGGAUUCUUGUGUGAUCCUGAAAAGUCAUCACAUGUUAUUGAUGCGUUAAUGGAACAAAUACCAAUACAGUUUAAUGAAACUCGUACAACCGAAACUGUUCUUUACCCAGCGAUUAAAGCAGGAAUAGAAGCGUUAAAAAACGCCGAUUGCUGUGGUAAAUUGUUUGUAUUCCAUUCAUCUUUGCCAAUUGCAGAAGCGCCAGGUAAACUGAAGAAUCGAGAAGACCGAAAAUUGCUUGCUACAGACAAAGAAAAGUCUGUUUUGAACCCCCAAACAAGUAUUUACAAGGAAUUGGGAGAAGAAUGUGUUCAAGUUGGUUGCGGAGUGGAUUUAUUUGUCACUAAUAAUUCUUACAUUGAUCUUGCGACAAUUGGUCAAGUAUCUAGGAUAAGCGGCGGUGAAAUAUUUAAAUAUACUUACUUCCAAGCCGAGUUUGAUGGUAAACGUUUCUUAUCAGAUUUGAAACGUGAUAUUAGUCGGCCAACAGUUUUUGAUGCUGUUAUGCGUGUUAGAACUUCAACUGGCGUUCGGCCAACAGAUUUCUACGGACAUUUCAACAUGUCAAACACCACUGAUGUGGAAUUAGGUGCUAUUGACUGUGAUAAAGCGAUAGCAAUUGAAGUGAAACACGAUGACAAACUUGAUGAGCAGGAUGGAGUUUUGAUUCAAACAGCCAUGCUUUAUACAUCGUGCAGUGGUCAAAGACGAGUGCGUAUUUUGAAUUUAUCGCUGCGUUCAAGUGGAGAAAUGGGUGAUUUGUAUCGUAGCUGUGAUUUAGAUACAAUUAUGAAUUUCUUUGGGAAACAAGUUAUGUACAAAAUAUUGGAAAGUUCAGGACGACAGGUGAAGGAUGCAAUUAUAAAUAAGACUGCUCAAAUCUUAGCCUGCUACAGAAAACAUUGUGCAUCACCGACCUCAGCCGGUCAACUUAUCUUGCCUGAAUGUAUGAAACUUAUGCCCCUUUAUUUGAAUUGUUUGAUUAAAAGUGAUGCAAUGUCCGGUGGCCCUGAUAUGACAGUUGAUGAUCGUUGGUACAAUAUGCAUCUUGUUAUUACUGCAGACAUACCGACUACUUUAGGCUAUUUUUAUCCUCGGUUAAUUCCGAUUCACACACUUGAAAAUGAAACAAACUUGGCGGACGUAGCAAUACCUUGCCAAUUAAGGUGCUCUAUUGAAAAGUUUUCUGAAAGCGGAGCUUAUAUUUUAGAAAAUGGUGUAUUUAUGUUCUUAUGGCUUGGUUUGGGUCUAAGUCAAACGUUUUUGACUGAUGUAUUUGGUGUAACAAACUGCACACAAGUUAACACUGAACGCACUGAUAUACCUGUAAUCGAUAAUCCGUUGAAUAAAGCCGUCCGUGAAGUGAUAUCUAAAAUACAGGACGAACGAAGUCAUACUAUGAGAUUAUCAAUCAUACGGCAAAGAGAUAAAAUUGAAAUAGUUAUGAGACAUUUCUUAGUUGAAGAUCACAUUGACAACAGCUCGUCUUAUGUUGAGUUUUUGUGUCACAUGCAUAAAGAAAUACGUAAUUUACUCAGUUAGCAAAUACAAAAAUGGUAAUUAAUGGAAUUGCUAUAUUGGGAUUAACGCCAAUACUAGAAUUAUUUAUCCACAACUUUGAUAAUUUUUGCACAGUUGUUCUGUUUCAUUUACAUACCUACGUCUCUAUAUAAAAAAAGAUGUGUAAAACACAGUUUUAAAAAUACCUGUUAUUACUUUUAUUAUUAUUUUUUUGUUUAAUUUUUAUUAUAUGUUAAUUUAUCACCUUUCCUCGGGGUGUAAACAA